UAAUUCUUGUUAGUUAGUGAUGUGUGUUGUGGCAGAAUUGUUCAUGGAAACUUUAAGGUUAUUUUUCGUAAUUCUGCAAAAAUAAAAAAAAAUCUUCAUCAAAUGGUUUCUUGUUGUUAACGAAAUAGUGUUAAAUCAUUUAUCACGAUGCACAAACUGAAAUCAUCACAGCGAGAAAAGGUUAAGAAAUUUAUAUCUUUUACACAAACUGGUGAGAACACAGCCAUAUAUUGCCUUACUCAGAAUGAUUGGAAGCUAGAUCUAGCUAGUGAUAAUUACUUCCAGAAUCCUGAUGCGUAUUACAAAGAACCUAGGAGCGUAGACAAAAAGAAACUAGAAUCUUUAUAUAGUAGAUACAAGGACCCGAACGAACCAGAUAAAAUUACAGUUGAUGGUAUAAUGAAAUUUUUAGACGAUUUAAGUUUACCGCCUGAAUCGAAGCUCGUUCUGAUUAUCGCUUGGAAAUUCAAAGCCGCCACUCAAUGCGAGUUUACUAGGGAGGAAUUUAUAAACGGAAUGACGGAAUUAGGUUGUGAUAAUAUUGAUAAAUUGAAGGCGCGUCUGCCUACAUUAGAAAGUGAAUUAAGGGAUAAUUAUAAGUUUAAAGACUUCUAUCAUUUUACCUUCAAUUAUGCCAAAAAUCCGGGACAGAAAGGAUUGGAUCUCGAUAUGGCCAUUGCUUACUGGAACAUUGUUUUGAAAGGGAAAUUUAAGUUUUUGAAUUUGUGGUGCACGUUUUUGCAGGAAAAUCAUAAACGGUCUAUACCGAAAGAUACCUGGAACCUUUUGUUAGAUUUCGCCCAACAAAUCGCGGACGAUAUGAGCAAUUACGAUGAGGAAGGCGCUUGGCCUGUGCUCAUCGAUGAUUUCGUCGAAUGGGCAUCGACACGAACAAAGGAAAAUCAACCGCACAGUACGAGCCAACUCGAGUAACAAAUUUAUUUGAUUUUUAUUAAAAACAUUGACUCAAAUUGCGUUAAAAUUAUCAACAAAAAUGAGGUAGCACUAAUCUUACAAGGGAGGGAAGUUGAUUAUAUCGUCGUUUGUUUUUGUAAGAUUAUGAUUAAAGUAAUUUUUUUCAAAAUACACGUGUAUAUAUGCCAGUUUUUUAACAAAAAAAUCAACAAAUGGAAAACCCCAAAAAUGUUAUUUUCUCUCGUAUAUAUUCGGGUGGUUUUUGUUUAGUCCAUUUAAAAGUUACGAAGACCUUAAAUUUAUCAAAGUCAGCUAGUUCAAAGGUUCACGUUUUUGUGUUUACGAGUAAAUCCAUGAUUUUGAAUCGUUUUUGUGAAAUAAUGAAAUUAUCCACCGCACAAAAAAAUUGUUCAAUUGUUUUUUGUAGGAAAUUGAAUUCUCUACAAAUUUACUCUUUUGAAUUUUUUUGUAAAAUUUAAAAUAACAGUUAUUAAAAAAAAAACUGUAAAAAGUGAAGGAGCUAAUUCCUAUAAAUCGCUGUAACUUUUUGUCUUUUAUUUUUUCUGGAAAAUAGAAUAGAAACAAUUUUAUAGAGAAUUUCGAGACGAACAACUUCCUGCCUAGGAUUUUUUUAAUUUCGUUUAUUUUUGAGGAUUUUACAGCGCUUCAAAGUUGCCAAUAUCACUUGUGCCUAAUAUUUCGGUUAAUGAAUCACACAUUCAACGCUCAAAAGAAUUAAUAAAAUCAUUUUUGUAUGUAGGAGAUUAAAUUCUCUACAAAUUUGCUCCCUUGACAUUUUUUCGUUAAAUUGAAAAUAACAAAAAACUGUAAAAGUGAACGAGCUAAUUCCUAGUCUCUGUAACUUUGUUGUUUUCAAUUUUACGAAAAAAAGUCAAGAGAGCAAAUUUGUAGAGAAUUAAAUUUCCUACAUAAAACGUUUGAACAAUUUUUUUAUGCGAUGGUUAGUUUCAUUGUUACCAUGUAAAAACUAUUUAACCAUUAUUUCAAGAUAGCGGAUUUUGUCUACGCAUAAAAAACUUGCUCACCCAUUAAUACAAAUUUGGGAAUCUUUUUGUAAUUUUUCAAUGGACUAAUUAAUUUGAAUCUAGCUAUUUAACGAUAAAUAAUUAAUUGUUUAUUGAAAAA